AUGGAAGCAGCGCGGCGAUCGGCGCAGCAGCAGCUGUGCUUGGCAUACAAUGCACGGCUCGUGCCCAACUCGCCGUUGUUUCCGUGGCCAGAUGCACGGCGGCUGUUGGCUGCACAGGAAGGACUAGACGAGGCGCUGUUUGGAGACGUGCAAGGAGCAGAGGCCACCGAAGAGUACGACCGUGCGUUUCUCAAGCACCUCGUCGCGCGCACGGAGCGCGCGAUUAGCAACGCAUCCGAGGACGACGAGGCGUACCUCGGCGUCCCGCGGCAGGACUGGGCGGUGAACGAGGCGCUGCUGGAGCGAUACGUCGAACUCGUCUCGCUCCCACAGAAUGUAACCGUCUGCGGGCUGCCGGUGCCGAAAGCGAUCUAUAUGCGCCACUACUUUCCGGUGCCGAAUGCGCCCGCGCAUCCUGUCUUCGGUCCUUGCGAUGCGGUGACGCUGCGUGAAGAGGGCGUAGCCAUUUCUAUGGGCACGACCGGGCUCAAGACAUGGGAGGCGAGCUUCCGUCUCGGUGCGCAUAUCGUCCAGGAGCAGGAGCAGUGGUGCCGGGAUGGCGAGCGGAUCGUCGAGCUCGGAAGCGGUGCUGGAUUCCUCGGCAUGCUGUGUGCCCGCCUUCUCCAGCAGCACCACACGCAAGCAGAGCUGUACCUCACGGAUGUCGCAGGAAACGUCAUGGACCGCCUGCGCGAGACAGCGCAGAUCAAUGAUAUGCAUGCGAAUCCCCACGUGCAUCUCGAAGCACUCAACUGGCUCGACGUGGCCGAUGCGGCGUCGGAUGCAGCUGCGCUCUUGCGCGAAGCGAAUGCGACACGCGUCAUUGCAGCGGACGUCGUAUACGACCCAGCGCUGGUCGGACCCCUUACGGAUGCCUUGCGCGCAGCGCUGCUGGGAGAUGGCCAUCACACCGAUGCAAAGCCGUUUGCGCUCGUCUCGAGCACGGUCCGCAAUCCGACGACCUACCAGUCGUUUCUGGAUGCCCUCCACGAGCGGGGCAUGCAGUGGCACACGGUCGAUCCCGGCACGCCGGCCUGGCCGCAGCAGGACAGAGAGCCGCUGCCGCUCUUCCCGUCAGCACACGAUCCCGAGCUGGGCGGAAAGGUGUCCAUUGUCCAUAUCCAGCUCGUCGCUCAGUGA